AGUCUGAGAGGAUGCCACGCUGGCCACGCUAACCAACACAGCCAAUCAACCAAGGGAAAGCGCGGCCUCAUACCAACCCAAACUCAACGGUUCCAGAGAGGAGAGAGGGGCUGGAGCUGUUCCAAACAUCAAAGGCAGACCCAUACUGGUUAUAAGGGAAACCACCCUCUGACCUAGUCCUGUAGACAUGGGGAAGAUAGAGAGCAAACAACCAGCCCCGGACAUUCCCAAGAAAAUCUCAACCUGGUGGGAGAGGCUACAGAAGAAGCCACCAGCUCCAACCAUGACCAUUCCAAACAUGAACUUUAACUUCCCAACCCUGUGGGGAAGGAGAGAGAGCAAGCUACCAGACCCAGACAUACCCAGUAUAUUCUCCACUCUGUGGAGAACCCCCAACAACCCCAACGAUUUUGUCCCUCUAUUCACCGACUGUGUGGGGAUAGCUGCAGCUAGGACCCAGGAGUACCUCCUGUUCCUGGACCCAGAGGACAAGUUCCAGCCUAGCCCAUCAGCCCUCAAUGAUAUCUUUCUAAUGACCUACAUCACCCAGAGCAGCCACCUCCACAUGACCGACUCCUUCAACUGCACCACCAUGACCAAGCAGCAGCGCAUCCUCCUGGGUGCUGACUGGGUAUGGGCUGUGCUGGAGAGACCCACCAAGAACCCCCGCAUCCAGAUCGCCGUGCAGAUCCUGCACCUGCCCGAGAGGGGAGGAGGGCCAGCCGAGGACAUCCCCCCGGAGGUAUACACUGAAUCCAUGCAGAUGGCCAAGAUGGAGUCUGCUCAUAAGAACAAGGCAGAGAGGAUGGUGGAUUUCUGUGCCUCCAUCGGUAAUGACUGCUACGCCCUCUUUCUCCUCUUCGGCCGCAAGGGCGACCCGGGCAACAUCUACGGAGUGCUGAGCAACAACUUUCACGCUGCUAUAGGGAAGACUAAGAUCAACCGUGCACUCAUUGAGAAUUUCUUUAAAGGAUCCAGGUACUUACACACACCUACUGGAAUGCUACAGGCUAUUGUCACCAAGAGAGAUUCUGACCCUUUAACUUUGCUCAUCAAGUUUACCUGACCAGUGUGAUCGAUGACAGAGCAGCCAUAUGGGACCUUUCAGAUUACUCUGUUUACUGUAGUGUUUCACAUGGGAGGAUGGACUGUUGUGAUUGGUGGGUUUAUGCUUGCCUGGGACUUGGGGACCCAGUGUGCUGAAAUUGGCCUGUGUCCAUAUCUCGUUUGUGGACUACUGACCCAUGCCUGCUGACAGCUGCUCACACCCCUGUGGGUUAGUAUUUCUGUUAGAGCUCUAUUCAAUCAGAUCCGCUUUAGCCGACAUCCACAUAGCGGUUCUUUUGGCAGUGUCGGAGAUUAAACUGCGUUAGAGCUGUCAAAUCCAAAAGCGGCUCCUGACAUUAUACCUAAAGCGAACAUUGCUAUUGGCUGCACAGAGUCACAUUAACAGAAAUCCCAUGCAGCCUUGUUUACAAGUUGGAACACUGGAAUGUGAGAUGGAAUCUACAUCUCCAUUAAGAUGAUAGAAACCCUCAUUAUUUAGUUGAAUGAUUUUCAAUUUGAGCGUCAUUAUUUCUAUAUAGCCUACACUUUCUCCUUCUGAACUUCUAACGAAAGUGGGACAGGUGGGGCUUUGUGACAAAGAUCAAGAGCAGCUGCUCACCGAUUUGACAGCUCCAAUGCAGUUAUACCCCCGACACAGCCAAAACAUCAGCUAUGCAGGUGUCGGUUAUUGCCAGUUAACGCAUGAUCUGAUUGAAUCUAGGCCUUAAUGGACUUAACACUUCACUGGCAUUGCACUUAUGUGGAAAUUCACACAAACAACCUAUCUGCUAUCACUACUCAUUGACAUUAAAACCUCUGUACAGCUUAUGUUGACAUGGAAACUAUGAUUUGCCACAAAAUAUUUUUGUAUUUUCAAGGAUGGACUUUAUGACUGAACACAUUGUGAUAGCUUCACCCAAAACCUAAUUCUAAGUUAAUUUGAUUAAGGUGGAUUGUUCUCUUAAAGUUGAGUCAAAGUAGAAAAUAACAGGAUGGGGAGUUCAAAAAUAAAUUAAUAUACAUUUCUGGAUGUCUUGAGUUAUCUUGUUUAGAAGAGGGUUAUUUAUGUUGAGGAUUAUGCUCAGUGGUAAGUAGCAUAAUGUAAAUGAAGGGAUUUGUGUUUAAAUAUGCAGGUUUGCUAAGGCUAAGGUUAUAUAUACACAAAGUGGUGCCGAGAAUAAUACUACUCUUUCUCCCCAAUACCACAAAGACAUCAGAUUAUGUGUAGAGAUGGCUUUAAUGAGUAAUGAGAUUCAACAAAACAUCCAAAUGCUUUAGAUACAGUACAAAACAUCCAAAAGCUUUAGAUACAGUACAUAAUUAGAACAAUUAUUACUAAAACAGUUGAAACAUACUAAAAAGCCAACUAACUUUUCACAGUAUCUCACACAAAAAAAGUUAUUUGAAUGUUCAACAUGCAAAUAUGACAUUUGUUAUUCAAAACGCUAGAGAAUAUCCCGUUGGUCUUGAAAUGUGUUACAUUGUGUUCUACAUACAUAAUUCAAUAGAACAUAUUGUCUUAAAUGUCCUGGUGCGUUUUAAUGUAUCUAUGCCUAGUUGGAGGCCUGGGAGUUAUCAGUAUGUGAAUGUGUUCUCUGUCUUGUAGCCCAGAAUGGAGAGGUUGGGGCGCCAUGGAUUCUGGGUCAUGGGGAGUGGGCCACACAUGACAAUGAGCACAUCGUUGGACACCAGGGGAAGGUGCUCUUUCAUCAUAUCAGCGUUCACAAACCCUGAGCUGUACUUCCAGUCUGUAAUUAGAGGAAAACACAAGCUGAAUUCAACUGUUUUUAAUCAACAGAUAAGGAUCAGCCCUGCAGGCCAAUUAAAUGAUCACACCCUGUUAGCGAAGAUGUGUUUCAUUUAUGUGGAACUAACGGAUGAGUGCCAGGAUAGACAAUUAGCUGGAGCCUCAUUUGCAUACUGUACCAUAUGAGGAAGCUACAGUAUAGGUGACGGUUCACAUGGCAAAACAGAAUCUAAAUAGAACGUUUAGAUCAUAGAGAUGUCGGGAUAUGAUUGGAGGGGGAAGGGUUUCCAUUCAUUCAGUUGACAUCAGUAACAGACCAAUUCAAAAGGGUUGCUGCAGGUGCACCUUUGGGGAUUUUUUGGUUAUUGUCUAGCAGACAGUCAAUCAGUCCCUACAAAGGGUGUGGUGACACAGCAUGGCAAAAAUGUGUUUUUUUGCAGUCCAACACGAAUGAUACAAUGGUAUUAGCCCAUGACAACCCUGUACCUUAAUCUUUUUUAUCAUGGAAUACUAUGGUCUUACCCUGUGGAGGUUUGUCAAUAGUGAACCACAAAUUGAGUUGUUCAGAGUGAAUCUUCAGCACCUUCUCUAGUUCCUCCCGCAGUAGAAUAUCCUUAGUCUGGGGGCAAGAGACCAUCAUUAGAAGAAGGUUUACAAUUGCUAGUGCUACAACUAAUACAGUAUCUCAUUGAGUCUUGUUAAACCAUACUAAAGGUGAGACAUUGAUCUUGGUUGUCUAUCAUCAGAUCGUCUGUUGUACCUGUUGUAUUCGGCGCAUGUGACUAAUACAAUUUGAUUUGAUUUUGGAUUUGAUGAUUGUCAUUGAAGUUGUAUUCAUAACAAGCUCUGUGUCCACUUCAUUGAUAAUCCACGGUGACGGUGUCAUACUGUGUGGGAUGUGACUCUUCCCUGUACGCCGGUGAGACUGACCGAGGUCAUUAUUGUUGUAUUCAUAACAAGCUCUGUGUCCACUUCAUUGAUAAUCCACGGUGACGGUGUCAUACUGUGUGGGAUGUGACUCUUCUCUGUACGCUGGUGAGACUGACCGAGGUCAUUAUUGUUGUAUUCAUAACACAGAGAGAAAAUCUAGCUGUAGAUUUUAAUUCAUGGGCAAUAAAGACAAAACACUUGUUAAAAAACCUUCUAGUUAUUUUAGAUUCUUAACCAAAUUUCGAAUCACACAUUAGGAAUGUGACCAGCUUUUUACCACCUGAGGAGCAUUGCCAAGGUGUAGAUGUUUCUCUCUCAGGCUGAUGCAGAGAGACUCAUCCAUGCUUUUAUUACAAGCAGGCUUGACUACAGUAAUGCUCUCCUGUCUGGUCUACCUAUAAAGUCAUUGGUCAACUGUAAAACAUACAGAAUGCUGCAGCACGGGUACUGACCAAGACCAGAUGGAGAGCACAGAUUACACAGGUUUCAUGGUCUCUGCACUGGCUGCCUGUGAGUUUUACAAUUCAUUUUAAGAUUCUUCUAUUGUUUUUUGUUUUUUAUCAAUUCAUGUCAGACAUGCCUUUAAGUUAUGUACUAUACACAGUAGGUCCCUCAGGUCCUCUGGCACUGGCCUUUUAGCUAUCCCAAAGCCUAGGACUAAGAGGCAUGGAGAGGCAGCCUUUAGUUAUUAUGCCCCCAGCCUCUGGAAUAGCCUGCCAGAGAACCUGAGGGUGGCCGAAACUCUAGACAUAUUUAAAAAACAUAUUUUUUGUUUUACUUAGGGUGUUUUUUAGAUGUUCAGUUUGUGUCAUUCCUUUAUUUUGUAUCUUAUGUUUGUUGUGUAGUAAAUAUUUCAGCUUUUAUUUAUUGUUUUUUAUUAUUUUUGUCCUGUAAAGCACAUUGUGUUGCAUUCCAUGUCUGAAAUGUGCUGUAUAAAUAAAGCUUGAUUUGAUUUGUUA